GCCCACUACCGCGCAAAGGAGCCCGGGAGAAAAGCUGGACCCGGCAAAGGGGCGGCCGGCUGAGGAAAAGAGAGCAAGCUGAUAAAGAAGCUGGUCCAUAUCGCUUUAUCUGUGCUCCUGCCUUCCUUCCCAGGGCGAUGGGCCUUCGCUUCCUGACAUAUUAAAAAGGGAAGAGGUUCUUCAACCAGCAUGGAAGCAGUUUUGGAGCCCAGGUUGGAGAUGGAGGAGCCAGACCCACUCAGCCCCGAAAGAGGAAGAGAGCCCAGUAAAAUGCCGGGCAGGAGAAAUGUUGUAUCCAAGGGGAGAACAGGACAAGAUGCUGUCGAUGAGAAGGGGUUCAGCUCAGUCCUUCAGGGCCAACGCUUCCGGCGCUUCCGCUUCCAGGAGGCUGAUGGGCCACGAGAGGUUUGCAGCCGGCUCCACACACUCUGCUCCCAGUGGCUGAAGCCUGAGGAACAUACAAAGGCAGAGAUGCUGGACCUGGUGAUCCUGGAUCAGUUCUUGGCCAUCCUUCCUCCGGAGAUGAAGCGCUGGGUGAGGGAAUGUGGGGCAGAGACCAGUUCCCAGGCCGUGGCUUUAGCUGAAGGAUUCCUCCUGAGUCGGGCAGAAGAGGAGAAGAUACAAGAAAAGGAGCCGGAGGGAGAGAUCCUUCAGGCCCAGGAGGCUCCACCAGACACCAGUCUGAGGUUGCCUUCCAGGUGGAUUCAACUGGAGGGUGACAACGUUGUUGCACCACUGGGAGGUGAACUGUGGAUACCGGGAAGGCAUAAUAACUCAUUACUUUAUGAAGGAAGAGAAAUGGCCUUUAUGGAACAGGAUCAGGUUUUGUUUGAGGACGUGACUGUCCGUUUCAGUGAGGUGGAGUGGGCCCUGCUGAAUCCUGAUCAACAGAUCCUGCACUGGGAGGUCAUGGAGCAGAAUUAUAUGAUGGUGGCUUCUCUUGAAAUGGAGCCCUCGACUUCUACCGGUAUUCCUGGACCAAAACAAAAACGCAGGUCAUACGAAGCUGGUUUCAAACUUAUGGUUGUGGCAAGAGCAGAAGAAAGCAAUAACAGUAUUGCAAGUAGGGAAUUCUGUGUUGAUGAAAAACAAGUGAGGGAGUGGCGGAAAAGGAAAGCUGACUUGGAAAAGAUUCCAAAGUCAAGAAAGGCUCGACGUGGUUUAACAACUUCAUAUGGGGCUCUAGAGGCUGAAUUGAAUAACUGGGUUAUGGAGUGUCGUCAAAAUGGUUACUGCGUAACACGCAUGGAAAUUCGCUUACGUGCCCUUGAAAUGGCUAAAGAGGACCAAUUUAAAGCACCAGGCAUUGAAAAUUUUGUUGCUUCAGCAGGAUGGUGUAAUCGCUUCAUGAACAGGUUUGCCCUAUGUUUGCGGGAAAGAAGAAAGAUUUCACAGAAGUUGCCAAAAGACCUGAAUGAAAAAGUGAUGUCAUUCCAUUCAUUCAUCAUAGAACAAAGAUUGAUCCAUAAUUAUGACCUGGGUGAUAUUGGGAAUAUGGAUGAAAUAGCUAUGACCUUUGAUCUUCCAAGCAACAGAACUGUGGCAAGUUUGGGAGACAAAACUAUUUCCCUCAGAACCACCGGAAAUGAAAAAAACCAUUUCACAGUCGUUCUGUCAUGUUUGGCUAAUGGAAUUAAGCUGCGGCCUGUCAUUAUUUUUAAAACGAAGACCUUGCCUAAAAAGGUAGAAUUCCCACCACAAAUUACAGUGCGCACACAUGUUAAAGGCUGGAUGGAUGAAGAUGGAACAAAAAAAUGGCUGGAAGAAAUUUGGAACGGACGACCAGGAGCAGCCUUAGAGACAAAGCCAUCAUUGCUAGUUUGGGAUAUGUUCAGAGCCCACACAUCUGAUGACAUUAAAAAAUUGGCAGAGUCUUCUCAAGUUACUUUGGCCGUUGUUCCAGGUGGGCUUACAUCUGUAUUGCAGCCCCUAGAUGUGUGUUUAAAUAAAGCUUUCAAAGACCGUUUGCGAAAGAUGUGGCAUGAAUGGAUGUCGUCUGGUCAAGGCCGACUGAAAAAAGUUGGAAAUGUGAUGAAGCCCGACAUAAAAUUGAUAGCAAAUUGGGUUCGUGAUGCAUGGGAAGAGAUUCCAGAGGACAUGGUGCAACAUGCUUUCAGGAAAUGUGGCAUUAGUAAUUCUAUGGAUGACAGCGAAGAGAGUGCUUUGUAUGAGAACAAUAGUAGUGAUGGUGAUGAUUGUGAAAUCAGUGAUGAUGACAAUGUCUAUGCCGAUAACCUCACAGCAGCUACAGCUGAAACUCUGUUUGGACAUACAGAUGAGGAGGAGGAGGAAUCCAGCUUUGAAAGAUUUUAACUCUUGGGUUCUUGAUUUCUGAUUAAGCUAAGGUUUUUGUACUUUUAAACAGAAAGGGAACUGAUAUGACAUUUUACCUCUGUUGGUUUUUUAUAAUUAUUUAAUGCAACUGUUUAUUUUGACUUAUUGUACAGUGUUUAGUAUUGUCUUUUGUUUAAUUUUUUUGUUGAAUGUUUACUUGUUACUAUGUUGGAAGCCAGCCUGAGUCCCCUUGAGAAGAUAGGGUGGGAUACAAAUGAAGUUUUAUUAUUAUUAAGUUAUUGUUGAUACUAUAUUGUUUUUAUUGACCCUCAUUUUCCACUUACAGAGCUAGUUUACUGUUUUUCUUUGAAAUACGGUAAAUAUUCAAAAAGAUGUAACCUACUGAUGCCUCAAUUAAUGUAAUCUAUUUUAAUUUUGAAAUUUACCAGUAGAUGCUGUAUUUCCCACUCUAGGCUUAUACGUGCGUAUAUGCAGUAGUUACAGCUCUAAGAUAAAAGCUGUCUCUCAAUCCGUUUGUCCUUGCCUUUGUCACCCUGCACCGUCUGCCAGGUGCCAAUUAAAAAAAAAAAAGAAUAUGCUGGGUGAGAUGCUCUGAGCAUUCUCAAAGAUCAGUCUAGGGAUUGCCACCUCUUUUUACAGUCUUGCAGCAUAGCUCAGGGUCACAAGUCACCAAUGUCCAGCACAUCUGAUUUCUAAUCAGGGUUGGAAGAAACUAUUCCCCUUUAGGCAGUACUUAUGAGCAGCUGGUCUUUACAAGGACACCUAAAAAGUAUAGUAGUAGAGUGGCUUGUGAAAAGGGAUUUUGCCGUAAAUGAUCUGAGUCUCCUUUGGGAGAGAUAAAAUGGGGUAUUAAUAAUAACAAUAAUAACAAUAAUAAUAAUAAUAGAAUUUAUAACAUUGUAAAACUUCAGAAAGUUAUAGAAACACUUGAAAUUCAUGUGAAAGAAAGACCUACAAGAUUAAAGUGGAGAAAACGUAUGGGGAUAAUUUGGUGGCUGGCAUUUUCCAGCUGCAUCUUAUUAAGGUCUUUUUAAGGACAGAAUGAUUUGGAAAACACGAGGAAGAAACAAAAAUAUAUAAUCUGGUACCCAAGGAGCUAAUGUAACACUGCAUUCAAAUAAAUUAGAAUUUACUAAAAUUGUCUCAGAUAUUUUUGGAUUGGAAGUAACAUCACCCUCUAUUGUGGGCUAUGAUAUGAUAGAGUUUUUAAAAAUAGUUUUAUUUUUAAAAUAUAUUAAAUACUUUUAAAACUAUAUCACAAUUAUAUUGCUAUGCCAUCUCCCCUGCCCCAUCAUUCAUAUAGCUUUAUACAAAUCCAGCUCUACCCAUUCUAUUGCUUUUAGUUAUUCUAAUUUUCUCCAUUACAUGUAAUAGUAUGUUUUUCUAAUUGGUCGUCCAUAAUUCUUUAGUUUAAACUCACCAUUGCUCUUGAACAUGUAGCUACUAAAUUGCUUCCAUGUAUUUACAAAUAGAUUUACUUUUAUUUUUAUUUUUGCUAAUCUUAAUUUGUUGGUUAACUUUUCUGAUAGCAUUAUAGCCCAUAUCCUGUUUAACCAAUUCUUUAUUGAUACAUUCUCUAGUUUUUUCCUCCAUGUUCUGGCUAUUUUGAGUCUUGUGGCAUAGUAAUACAAGAUUUUUAUUUACCAAAUUCUCAUUCUUACUUUUAAAUACCAAAGUCAUUAGUAGAGCCCCCCUGAAGUGUACCGUUUUCCCCACUAUUUUAUCCACGCUAGAAUUUCAUCCCAAAAUCUUCAUACAGUAGAGUCUCACUUAUCCAACGUUCUGGAUUAUCCAAUGCAUUUUUGUAGUCAAUGUUUUCAAUGCAUUGUGAUAUUUUGGUGCUAAAUUCGUAAAUACAGUAAUUACUACAUAGCAUUAAUGUGUAAUGAACUACUUUUUCUGUCAAAUUUGUUGUAUAACAUGAUGUUUUGGUGCUUAACUUAUAACCUAUUUUGAUGUUUAAUAGACUUUUUCUUAAUCUCUCCUUAUUAUCCAACAUAUUCGCUUAUCCAACGUUCUGCCGGCCUGUUUAUGUUGGAUAGAUGAGACUCUACAGUACUUUUAGACACAGCCACAUGUGGGUCCAAUCCCAUUUCUCUACACUUUCUCCACAUAGUUUAGGGGUUCCAUUAUUAUUUCUAUGUUUUUUGGGUGUUUUAUAAAAUCGUGUCAGAAGCGAAUUGUGGCAAGUUGCUUCUGGUGUAAGAGAAUCGGACAUCUUUAAAGACGUUGCCCAGGGGAUGCCAUAAUGUGUUAUCGUCCUACGCAGGGCUUCUCUCAUGUCCCUGCAAGCUAGAGCUGAGAGACAGGAGCUCACCCCCUCUUGUGGAUUCGAACCACUAACCUUCAGGUCAGCAGUUCAGUCUGCACAAGGGUUUAACCCAUUGCGCUACCGUAGCUCUAUGUAGGGUAAUACAUAGAUAGUAAUACAGUGGAUAGUAAUACCAUCUAUGUAUAAUUUUCAGGACAUUUUCUUUCAGUAGUUCUGAAAUUGGUCUAUACAUUGACUAAGUCCCAUUGUUUCUCUUCUAUUUUAAACCCUAGCUCUGAUUCCCAAUACUUCCUGAAUUAUCUGAUAUUAUUUUGAUACUUGUCCUUUGGUUUGGUUUGAAUUAUCAUUGCAGAUUGAUUCAAAUAAUGUUAGUGUUUGUUUCCUGAUUAUAUUUGUCUGAAAUGUGUUUAUUUGUACCAAUAGUCACCAAGAUAGAUUAAUUGGCUUUGAAUUGGUUUUGUAAUUGUUCCAUUUAAAUAGGUUCUCCUGAUAAAAAUAAAUAAUAAUUUGUAUAGA